AUGUCAAAGUACGAACUCCAACUUCACAAUGGUAGAAGAUCAUUUUCUACCAAGAGUAAUCUUCCAGAAUCAGAUGUCAGAGACGGAAAAUGGGAUCGUGUUGUGUUUCUUCUCCAUGGUUUCCCUGAUGUCAAUAGUACUUUUGACAAAGCAUGGCCAUUUUUAGAAGAUUCAUUCACUGGUGAGAAGGUCUUAUUCUUGGCACCUAAAUUACGUGGAUAUGAAAUAUCAAGUAUUGGUCCUGAAGAGGAAUACAUGUUGCCACGCAUCGCUGAAGACGUUAGAGCUUGGAUUUUGGAAGUUAACCCCGAGAGUAAAAAACCUGUUCAUUUGCUUGGACAUGAUUGGGGUGCACUUGUUAGUUUUAAAACUGCAAACAUGUUUCCUGAGUUGAUCACUUCGAUGGUUACGUUGGCAAUCCCAUAUCUUGCUAAUUUUCAUAUCUGGGAUUUGUUGUGGUAUGCUCCGGAGCAGAUCUACUUAUCAUCAUACUUUUUGACCAUGCAACUCGCUAGUGUCUACAGACCUAAGUUGACAGAAAACAACGAAUAUCUCAGUUACCUUUGGAAAUACUGGUCCCCAACAUAUAAUUUCACACAAGCCGAGAUUGAUGAAAUUAGAGAAGCAUUCAGUAAAGAUGGUGUUGUUGAUGCUGUCACUUCUUACUAUAGACAUCUUUUCCGCCCAUACUCACUUUUCAAGUCAAGAUGGUUGGUUGAUUUCAAUAAAGUUCCUACUUUGAUCAUGGUUGGUGCAGAAGAUGGUUGUAUGUCCAAGAGAAUUGCCGAGGCAGAGAAAAUCAAGUUGGCAAAGUAUCCAAAGGCAGAAGUUAAGAUUCUCCCAAAUGCUGGUCAUUUCUUACAAAGAGAACAGCCAGAAAUUGUCGCUAGAAUUAGUGUAGAUUUUUUUGAAAGAUACUCUAAAUUAUAG